CCUUUAUGUAACUACACGUGUUUCUUGUAGUGGUGCAGAGCAUGGGCUCACUCGUAUCGUAGUAUGGGUCGGAAUAGUACUCGGCAUAUUUCCUAUUCGAGCUGCUUUACCUGGAUAUGGUUGGUUAAGAAUAUUUCCAAAAGACCGGAUGCAACACCGUGAUCCGUGCUACUUUAAGUGCUGGGAUAAUGACCUAACAUAUGACGGGCUCCGCGGCGUCCACGAUCGCCAUUUUGGUGUAGUUUUCUAGAUUGAUGGCGAUAUCCUGAUUCUUACAACACUCGACGACAAGAGCGAAUUGAUAUCGCAUUCUCUCCAUUUUUACCACGCCGUUACUAUUGUUGUUAAAUGGAGAACUCGGAAAAGUCAGUGGUUCCGGCCGCUGAUGCGCUCCUCACUGACUCUUCGCCUUCUGACCUUGAACACGCAAACCACAAUGUCAAUACUCCUGAGCCGUUGGUGCAAGAUGAUGGCUCGCGGAGGAAACCGCUUGCCUUCCACAUGUCGUUUCUAACUAUCAACAUUAUGUGCUUUCUUGUUUCAAUAGACGCUACGAUCCUUGCUGUCGCGAUACCGGUAAUAGCUCACGAGCUUAACGGAACUACACUGGAGGCUUUCUGGGCCAGCAUAGCAUUUUUGCUUGCGGUAUGCGUCGUCCAACCAAUAUAUACCAGCGUAUCCAAUGUUAUCGGCCGCGCGAUGCCUCUUUACUCAUCCUUCCUCUUCUUCAUCGUUGGCUCUGUAAUCUUCGCAGUGUCACGAAGCAUGAGCGUCUUGAUUAUCGGGCGUGUUAUUCAGGGGUUUGGGGCCGGAGGAUUGGAUGUGCUGGGCGAAAUCAUCCUCGCUGAUAUAACGACCCUGAAGGAACGUCCAAAGUACAUCGGAUAUCUGUCUAUUCCAAUGUUGGGAGGCACAAUUCUCGGUCCCAUCCUUGGAGGUGCCUUCAGCCAAUUCGUAACAUGGCGGUGGAUUGGGUGGAUCAAUCUUCCUCUAUCAGCUCUAGGUCUUCUCCUAACGGUGCUUUUCCUAAGUCUCAAACCUAUCAAUCUGACAUUCCGGGAGAAGAUGCGUCGGCUUGACUGGGGCGGUAUGACUUUGUUCACCGUCGGAUGCACGCUGUUCGCGUCGCCGGUUGCCUGGGCCGGUGCCAUGUUCCCGUGGUCCUCCUAUAAGACUUUGAUUCCGCUGUGCUUGGGCGCUGUUGUGUUAGUCGUAUUUGCAUGGUACGAAUCACGACCCAUCGAGCCCGUCUUUCCAUAUCGAAUCUUUAAGAGCCUCACAGCGUCUAUGGCACUCCUCACAACCUUCUUCCAUGGCAUGGUUACUUAUAGUGUUGUCAUGUAUACCCCGUUAUUCUUCCAGGCCGUAUAUUUGGACAGCCCGUUACAAUCUGCCGUCAUCUGUCUCCCACUUUGCUGCAUCUGCGCCGGCUUCGGCCUCUUCUCAGCUAUCGCAGUGGAAAUAAUCCGCAAGUACCGGCUGCUUAUCUGGACUAGCUGGAUCCUGACCGCAGUCGGCGUGGGAAUUUUCAGCCUCUUAGACUGUUCUUCCACCCUUGCGGAUAAAGCUUCCCUCCAGGUCCCCCUCGCCAUAGGGAUGGGCAGUCUGUUUGCACUUUUGAACCUUCCCCUGCAGGCUAGCUUGUCGAAUGCAGACGACAUGGGUCUCGCCGCCGGAAUCCUGGUCUCUUUCCGACUCUUUGGUGGGCUUAUCGGGUUGGCCAUAUGCUCUACAGUGUUCAACAACGUUUUCGGGUCUCAAAUUGACUUGCUCGGACCCUUGCCGGGUGACCUGGCUAUCUUGAAUGAUGUACGGGAGGCAGUCGGCCUUGUACCACUUUUGAGGGAUCUAAAUAUGACAGCCGAGUUAUUGGAUAAAGUGAUUGAGGCAUAUAGGAUGUCUAUCUCUGCCGUAUUUUGGACGCUUGCAGGGACGGCUGGGGUAGGAUUCUUGCUUUCUCUCUUAAUUAAGGAGAAGUCGUUGGAGAGCGAAGAGCUAGGAAAGCAGCAACUAGAAGAAAAACGAUAAUGGGCCCCCUUUAAUACCUAACUUACGUGCUUGGAUUUCUUGGCCUCCCUAAUAUUGUGUGAAUGCGACAUUGCAUUGACCUUGAGUACCUAUCGUAAGACGGGUACCUGAAGAGCGCAUGUAGACCCUAUGUAGGUAAUCAGUACUGGAUGGGAUCAAUACUGUUUCGCGUUUAUGCCAAGCUAUCCUAGGUGCCUACUUAACCUACCUCUGGUUAUGUUAAACGAUAUGUGGUUAUACUUAAUGUAAUUAUACUUGCAGACGUUGUUGGUUACCUAGAGCGAAACCAUCCACCAAUUGACGCAUGGC